AUAGCCCUAUAGCCUAUGACAUCUGAGCAAGUAACCAUAGGCAUUACAUCAUCGGCAAUCGUGAAGCAUUCUUCCAUUGGCUGCGAGGAGAGCGAGAUGAUCAGCCUGAGCGACGACGUGGUCACCGAGAUCAUCCUUAGGCUACCCGUCAAGUUCGUGGCGCGGUCCAUGUGCGUGUCCAAGACCUGGCGCGCCACCAUCUCCGACGACUACCUCCGCCGCAGGCUUCCCCUGCACCUGUCCGUGGCCUACUUCCCCGCUGACGACCCCGCCCGCGGCAACGCGCCGCGGUUCGCUUGUGCGGCUGGCGGCGACCGCCUGCUCGAGGACCGCGACCUCGGCUUCUUCCCGUUCCGGGAGGGCGCCGUCGUCUGCGACGCCUGCAACGGGCUGUUCCUGCUCCGCUCCGCCGAGGCGCCGCGGUUCUACGUCGCCGACCCAUUGACGAGGAGGUGGGUGGCGCUGCCGCUGCCGUCGAGGGACGCGCGGUUGUCCGUGCUGGCGUUCGACCCAUUCAGCUGCCCCCCGCGCUACCGCGUGAUCAACUUCACCGGAUGGCGGGGGCGCGUGGCCGAGGUGGAGGUGUUCUCGUCGGAGACAUGGGCGUGGAUCGCGCGCGACGCGGAUCUUGGCGUUCCCGCUGGCUCCCUCUCCGGCUCGAUGCACUUCCACGGCGGUGCCGUGUACGUCCUGGCCUCCGACCCGGACUGCAUCGUGCGCAUGGACGUCGACGCCGGGCUCGCGUGCACGGUGGUCGAGCUGCCCGAGCCGACGGACGGCGACGGCCCCGUCGCGCACUCCGGCGGCCGGCUGCACUACGUGACCGGCCACGGCGACCUGCUCAAGAUCUGGGUGCUCGAUGACUCACCAUCGACCCGCCAGUGGCAGCUGAAGCAUGCCGUCAAGGUCCACGACGUCGUGGGGAGAGCGUGUAGGGGAGGCGAAGUCAGGUUCUUGGCGCUGCACCCGGAGAAGGACGCGGUGUACAUGUGGUCGCCGUGGAAGCUCGUUGAAUAUGACCUGACGAUGAAGGAGAUCACCGGAGCUUGGGAGUUCGGCGGUAAGGAUCACAAGGGCGAGAAGAAUCGUAUCGUCAAGACCUGGCUCGUCCCUUCGUGGUGGUACUUGUCAGAUUGCUUGUCCACUGGUCACGGGCGGUGCAAAAUUUCUUCUUCCUGAUGGCGGCGGCUCAACAUGUCUUUCUUGCCUUCGCUACCACGGAUGGGACACGCCAAUGACAUCGAGUGGUGCUGGUGCAGCGCCCCGUCCAUAUUUUUUAGUUUUGCUGAUUGCGCGCUGUGUGAAUUUUGAUCGAAUUUCAGAAUGUUUGUUUGUGGUGUCAUGUGAUGCGCAGAUUAUGACCUUUUCUUUUGGGGAAAAGUUCAUGAAAAAUGUGAGCAUGGCUUCACAUGUUUUUGCCUUUGCAAAAUGUGCGCAACAAUUUUAUAUACAAUAUGAAAUGUGUAUAAAAAAAUCUCUGAUGUGGAUUUUCCAUCGA